CUGCUUCGUAGUGGAGUGACGUAGUCUUAUGGGCGUGGAAAUGAUACAACAUCAACAAAAAGAAAGAGAAGGAAACAGACAACAGAAGAUCGGACAGGAAAAUGUCAUAUUGACAUAUCGGAUCUGGGAUUGUAGAUCUGAAAACUAGAUCAGACAUGGAGGCCUUCAAACUCAUGAAGGAGCUUAAAUCGAAUUUCGACCAGGAGAUAAACUACCUUCCGAAAGAAGCUGGUCUGGUUCUGAUCGAGUCGACUCAAGAGAAUGGAAGAGGAAUAUCAGCGAAAUGCCGUAAUGCCAAAGUGGAGGACCUCUGGAGCUUGACCAAUUUCUUUGGUUACAGCACACAUACCUUCGUGCUUGCAGUUAAUCUGCUUGACAGAUUCUUAGCGAUGAUGAAGGUCCAGCCUAAACACUUGGCCUGUAUUAGCAUUGGCUGUCUUCAUAUCGCUGCCAAAGUGGUUGAGCAGGAGUGCAAUAUUUCUUCCACCCAUGAACUUAUCCGCAUCAGUCAGAGCAAGUUCACAGUCUCAGACCUCAGCCGCAUGGAGAAGAUCAUCUCAGAGAAGCUCAACUUCCAGUUCAAAGCCGUCACAGCCUUAACCUUUUUGCACUUGUACCACGCCAUUGCACUUUCACAUACCUCAGACAGGAAGGAAGUCCUGAACCAAGACAAGCUGGAGGCGCAGCUGAGAGCCUGCCUCUGCCGCAUUGUUUUUUCCAAAGCUAAACCGUCAGUGCUGGCCCUCUCGCUCCUCACCCUGGAGGUCGAGGCCUUGCAGUCUGUUGACAUGUUGGAGAUCGCUCAGCGUGUCCAGAGGCACUUAAAGAUCUCAGAGUCCGAGCUGCAGCAUUGGAGGGGACUUGUGGCCCAGUGCAUAUCAGAAUACUCCUCACCCGAGUGCAGCAAGCCUGAUCACACGAAGCUGGUGUGGAUCGUCUCCAGACGCACAGCACAGAACCUGCACAGCAGCUACUACAGCGUCCCUGAUCUGCCAACUAUCCCGGAGGGGGGCUGGGAUGAGAGUGAGAGUGAUGACUGGUAUGAAGACGCAAGUUCGGGAGAAGAGAGUCUGAGCAGCUCGCUGGGGAGCGACGCCGAGGGCCCCUACUUCCCCAUGCACUACCGCUGCCAAAGCCAAAAACACCCGACCUUCUAAUCUCAUGACGCACAGUGCCUGCCUUCCACCGAAAAAAUUAUCACUUGCGAUUUCACAUCUCUUUCUCAAGGGCAUCGACCUGUGACAAAUCCACCAACAGUUAUUAUUUUCCAUUUGUGUGUUCUUUUUUUUAAAAACUGAACGUGUGGAGGUGCUCUGAAUUCCACAAGUCUGGCAGCUAAACUUAACUCCGUCGAGGAUGUUAAAAAUACCUUUAUGUAGCUACAUCAUUUUGUUCAGAUUAUUUGGUGCAUGUUCAAAUCAGUCACAUUCCAGGCGGCUUCAACUGUUACACACCCCAAGGUACAACAGACUGUUCUGGAACAAGGACUGUUCUGAGUUUUGGGUGGUUUCCCAGCUCAGUGUGUACUUUGCACAGUUAUCCAAAACGAUUGUUAUCUCGAAGUAACAAGGGGAGUUUAGGUGCCUGGAAUUGUAAGUCUCCCCAAGGUUAUAUCAGUGAAGAGAUUUCUAAAUGUGAGCAUGGUGUUGAGACAGUUUGUUUUAUGUACAACUGUGUGUGAGAGUCUGUGUGAUUUUUGUUAACGAUUAUUUGCCAACUUAGUUUAGGUUUGAACUGUAUGUGAAAAAUAAUGUAUGGUGACAUGCCGUCACACACACACAAAAAAAAAACUUUAAAACUGUAAAAUGUAAAAAAAGCUGUAAAUUUGUAUAAUGUUAAAAUGUAUAGUAUGUUGUAGAUAUUAACUUAUUUAUUAUUCUUUUUGUCCGUUUUGAUGAAAAUUCAACAAAAAAAAAACUAUUUUGAAACUCAA